GAGUAGCAGGUUUUAAUAAUGCUAUGAAAGUUACUGUAUUGUCAGGCAAAAUGGAGGGAAGGUUCGUCUCACCAAAUCCAUUCAACAAUGGUGCAGGAAAUCCUGUCAAUACACCAGAUUUAUUCCAAGGAUGGCUUAGAGACAAAUAUCGUGAAGUAAAAAUAGGUACAGCACAGGCUUCUAUGAAAGCGCUCAU